UCGGGCGCAUAAAAAUAUAAUCUUGAUGCCUGGAUAAAGACAGUUUUUCUGUCGCUCCAUAAAUAUAUUUCUCAUAAGUAUGCUCAUUUGGGUUCCCACUUAACCAUUUUCAAGAAAAAAGAAUCCUUCUCUUAUUCAGUCAGAUAUUUGCAAAGAUGAGGGGAGGACAAUUGUGGCAACUUGGUCAAUCAAUUACUCGCCGUCUGUCUCAGGCUGAUAAAAAGACUGUUGCUCGUCGAUGCUUUGCAUCAGAAGCGGAUCUUAAGAAGACAGUUCUCUAUGACUUCCAUGUUGCACAUGGAGGGAAGAUGGUUCCUUUUGCAGGGUGGAGCAUGCCAAUUCAGUACAAAGACUCGAUCAUGGAGUCUACAUUGAACUGUAGGGAGAAUGGUAGCCUCUUUGAUGUUUCGCAUAUGUGUGGUCUGAGCCUCAAAGGAAAGGACUGCAUCCCUUUCCUUGAAAAGCUUGUGGUUGCUGAUGUUGCCGGUCUUGCACCGGGGACUGGGUGUUUGACUGUCUUCACAAAUGAGAAGGGAGGAGCAAUUGAUGAUUCGGUAAUAACCAAGGUGACGAAUGACCACAUAUACCUCGUUGUGAACGCAGGAUGCAGAGACAAAGAUCUUGCCCACAUUGAAGCACACAUGAAAUCAUUCACAUCAAAAGGUGGUGAUGUUUCUUGGCACAUCCAUGAUGACCGAUCCCUUUUGGCUCUCCAGGGUCCCCUCGCCGCACCAGUUCUACAGCACCUAACAAAAGAAGAUUUGAGCAAGAUAUACUUCAGUGACUUCCGGAUGUUGGAUAUCAAUGGAGCACCCUGCUACCUCACAAGAACAGGGUAUACUGGUGAAGAUGGUUUUGAGAUUUCAGUGCCCUCAGAGAACGCAGUCGAUCUCGCAAAAGCCAUUCUGGACAAGUCUGAAGGUAAGGUCAGGUUGACAGGGUUAGGUGCUCGAGACAGUCUUCGUCUGGAAGCUGGAUUGUGCUUGUACGGCAAUGACAUGGAACAGCACAUAACACCUGUAGAAGCAGGACUUACAUGGGCCAUAGGAAAGAGACGACGGGCUGAAGGAGGAUUUCUUGGUGCAGAAGUAAUAAUCAAGCAAAUUGAAGAAGGACCAAAAAUCAGGCGAGUCGGGCUUUUCUCUGCCGGUCCACCUGCCAGAAGUCACAGUGAGAUUCAAGACGAGAAGGGACAAAACAUAGGGGAAGUCACCAGUGGAGGAUUCAGCCCCUGCCUCAAGAAAAACAUAGCCAUGGGGUAUGUGAAAUCUGGAUCGCACAAGGCAGGCACUAAGCUAAAAGUUGUGAUUCGAGGGAAGUCUUACGAUGCAUCCAUCACGAAAAUGCCUUUUGUUCCCAGCAAGUAUUACAAGCCAUCUUAACUUUGUUGUUGUUAAAAUUUCUUGAAUGACUGAUGCCUCCGAGAAUGUUCUUUGGGCAAACUAAAGAUGCUGCAACAAACUAUUCUCUUUGUCUUGGAAAUUUGUUGCUUAAAUUGAUA